UCAGUGAGCCAAGGGCAACUGGGAUGCUGGGACAGCGGCAAGGGAUGCCUACUAGUUUCAUGCAGCAGUUAUUUCAGCUGUCUUUGCCGCAACAUGCUCAAAGGCCUGCCCCUGUGUCUGGUCCACCAGCGGCUCCCCCAUUGCAGGUGGUCCACCAAUCCUCUGCACUUUUCUCAAGUAAUCCGGUCAGACAAUCCAUCAGCCCUAUUGUUCCUCCGGAAGGCAGGGAACCUUCAAGUUGCUAGUGAACUACGGGCCCCAGCCCCUCACCUUCAGCCCUUCAGACAUUCCACAUCCAUGCCGGCACCCAAUAUCCAGCCUGUUCCUCACACCAUUCCCAGUCAGCAGGCACUCGGAAAUGCUGCUUCCACUUCUUCCAUGCUUCCUCAGCUUGCAUCUCGGGCACCUACCCUUUCAUCUGGGCCUUUUAGCAGGAGCCAGCAACAAGAAAGUGCAGUAGGGUUGGCGGGUUUCAGUAAUUCUUCUUUGUCUGCUCUGGAGCUGUUACAACCUCUCCCAGAUUUGGGUCUGACCGUGGGUGCAUUGGACCCUUCUGAACUCACCACGCAUUGUAGUUCACGGGGCACUGCAGCCCGAACUGAUCCAACAGCAGAUGUCGUUUGCAUUUCGGACGAUGAGUAA